UCACUAGCCUCCAUAGCUCCAUAGCGUCUGCGCAGAAUUGUAGACAUUGUAGAUAAGGUUGUAGAACAUAUUAAGUCGGCGACUACAGAAAGUAUGAAUUCUGCAAAGAAAGUUUUGCAACUAGGGCAGCUAGGUGCAAGACACAUAUCUAUGUCACAGGCUCCUAUGUCAGCUGAGAAACAGGCAGCCAAUUAUGCUAAGUUGAAGGCGAAACAGGCAAAAUUUCAGGUCGAUGAUGGUCAGCUGGUGUAUUUGAAAGGUGGUGUUGUGGAUAGGCUGUUGUAUCAGUUUACUGUGGCCUUGUGUGUCAUAGGACUGGGUCUUAGUGGAAAAGUGUUGUAUGAGUUGUCUUACCCCAAGAAAGCUUGAACUCUAUACCAGCAUAUCCACCCUUAGUAUGAAAUGUAAGUAAUGAACACAGUAAACGGUUAACACUGUUGUCACUCAAUGAAGAAACAAAAUUCUAUAUUUUACAUGCUCAUCUGACUGAUCAGGAAACAUGGAAUGGUCUUAUAUGUAUUUCUUUGUUGAUAUAAAAAUAAAAAUUGUACAUAAUAUUUAAA